AUGAGUUGUGGUGAUCACGAUGCAGCCCCUAUCGAAUGGGCGCCGCCAGCAUGGUUCGAGUUAGACGAAGGUGCACCAAGUACGUCUAGACGCGCCCGGUGUACUUCCUCUGAACCAUCGUUUUCAACACUCAAGGCUACCAAUGGUCCCCGAGGAGUGACGACUUCGCCGUGCUCUUCUGUUCCUCCUCAGUGCUGGAGCGCGAUGAGCGCGAAGGGCUUGAAUGCUGGAAAGCGGACCCUUCGGACCGCAAAGUGGGUAACAAGCCCUGCCAGCCCUUCGUGUCCUCUCUUGUUUCCUUUGAGCAACCCAUUGCCAAGCUGGCCUUGCAUGCAAGAGCAGAUGAAGAGCAACAUGUCUGGGGCGAAUCACCCACAGUCUGAGCUGGUUUCGGACGAGAAAGAGCCGCAGCCCGUGGGAAACACAUCGGAAGAUCUCCUGGCAAGAUUGCAGCAGGCUGAGCAGAGUCUAGCUGAGAAGGACCAGCGAAUCGAAGCUCUCGAGGCGUGCACGACACAGCUGGCAGAGCGGCUCGCUUUGGCCGAGGGCCUCAGGAAGACCAAGGACCCGUUCAAGGAUCCUAGCACGCCAACCUCCACCAGGUCCACAUCCGAUUCGACAGCCUGGUCCCGGGAUCUGUCAGCCCUGCGAAGGAACUGCACGCAGGAGAGCCUUGGAAGUGACGGGAGCUCGGCCACGUAUGCGCCGCAGACUCCACCUGUCACUGUAGCAGCAGCGAAAUCAACGAGAAAAUCUCCAAAGUCCAGCGAUCGUCCUGGUAUCCGUACAGGAGGCAUGAAGGUGCCUGCUGGCGAAUAUGCAACGGAAGCGGACGUAGAUUCAGUGUGCCGCAGGUGUGAGCAGCUUCUAAAAUCUGUUACCGCAGCUGUGGAAAUCAAUGAGCGGCUGGCGAUCAGACGCAAGCAGCAGAAGUGCUCCCAAUCGAUGCGCUUUUCGAAAGGCAGUAAACAAAGCACUGCCUCCGUGUAG